AUGUUAAAAAUUUAUUAAUUCAUUGUCAAGUUCUUUUUACAUCCAGAAGAAGUUUCAAAUGAUUUGGAGCCAAAAAAAAUAAUGAAUCUAUGGACAUUAUAAUUUAGAAAUUCAGAAAUAGAAGAAAAAUAUACAAAUAAGGAGAAAUAAAGAAUAAUUGUUCUUUUUAGGCUAUCAUACUUGAUACAUUUCUUUAUCAAUUUUAUCUACUUUAUAAAUAAUCAGUUUGUAUUGAAAAAUUAAACAGUGGCAUAUUUAAGAAUAGGAUUUAGUUUUUGGCAUCUAAUUUGCAUAAUAUCAUAAGCAAACAUAUAAAAAAUACAAUAUAAAUACUUUAUAUCUAUAUUAGAGAUAAUAAGUGCCUUUUCGACAAUAUUAAUUACAAAUGUUUAUAUAUAGGCUUAAUUAUUAAAUAAACAAUGCAAUUAAUAAACUACAGCAUAAGCUUUAAGUAGUGGAAUAUAGACUGGAAUAAUAAUAAUUAGCUAUUUGACAGUAUGUCCUUUAUGGUUUUGUUAAGGAUUAAUUUUAGUAGCAGCAACAAUUUUAUUAGUAGGUUUAGUUGGAAUAAUUCAUUCAAUAUAUUGGACUUUUUAUGUAUUAUUGAUAAUGUUAUUUAUUUUCUUUCGUUCUUUAGAAUACUAUAAACGAUUAGAUUUUUAUACUAUAUGUUAACAAACAUCAAAUUUAAAGGCAUGCAAAAAUAUUUUUGAUAAAACAGUUCCAAAUUCAAUUUUGAUAUUAACUGGAUAAAAUGAUGAUCUCUAAGAUUCUACAAUUUCAGGUAAAGAAAUGAAAUUGAUUUAUACAAAUGAUUUUGCAAUAAAAUAUCUUUAAGUUUCAGAUGAAAAUGAAAUAAUUAGAAAAUUAAAGGGAAUAUUUAUAUAAACUGAAUAGGAAUCAGAAUAAGAAACAUAUAAUAGUUGUAUCAGUAUUUAUGAUAUAAUUCAAUAAAAAUUAGUUUAAGUAGAAGAGUAAUUUUAAUAAACUUAAAGUGAUAGAUCAUAUGUAAUAAAGAAUGAAUAUGAUAUUUCUGAUGUGAGUGAUUACUUUUUAUGUUUUAAAUUAGAUUCUUAAUGUAAAGUAGCUUUAUCUUCUAAAUCAUAAGUAAAAAUAAAAUCACAUUUUGAAAUACGUAUUUUACAUUGUAUAUGGGAAAAUAAACAUUCAAUUUUAGUAAUUAUGAAUGAUAUAUCUGAGAAGAUUAAAUUGAAACAUUUAAAAGAGAUGGAUUAAUAUAAGGAUCGAUUAUUAGCUACAGUAUCUCAUGAUUUAAAGACUCCUUUAAAUGGAAUGAUGAUUGAUAUUGAUAUAAUGAAUCAUAUAUUAUAAUAGAAAACAGCUAUUACAUCUACUAAUAUUGAAUAAUUAUGUAUACAUUUGGAUGAAUUUCAUUAAUCUGGUUAAUUAUUAUUAUCUAUGAUAAAUGAUUUAUUGGAUUAUAGUCAAAUUAAUAAAGGUUAAUUAAGAUUAAUACAAAAACCUUUUAAUAUAAAUGAUACAUUUAAAUUUAUAAACUAAUUGUUAAAUAGACAAUCACUAGAAAAAGGAGUCAAAUUAAUAUGGUAAAAUACAAUUGAUGAUAAAAACAGUCUAUUAUUAACAGAUGAAACAAGAUUGAAAUAAGUUCUUAUUAAUUUAGUAGCCAAUGCUAUUAAAUUCACAAUGUAAGGUGAAAUCUUAAUUGUGGCUACUUAUCAUCUCGAAACUGAUUUAAUAGAAUUAUCUGUUUCAGAUACUGGAUAUGGAAUUCCAGAAGAAAUCUAAAAAAAUCUAUUUAGAUUAUAUAGUACCUAUGAUAUAGGUAAAAAUAAUAGACAUGGAGUAGGUUUAGGAUUAACAAUAAGUUAAUAAUUAGUUUGUCUUUUGGGUCCAUCAGAUAAAAUAGAACUCAAAUCAUAAGUAGGUAAGGGAUCUACAUUUAAAUUUAAGAUUUAUAGAAUUUUGUAAUAAUCACUUGAAAAUUCUUUACAAGAAUAAGAUUUACAUUAAAAGUAAAUUGUCCCUCGAUUUCCAUCAUAUAAAAAUCUUAAUUAUAUAAAAAAGAAAAGAAAUGAAAUUAAAAAAGCUCAAACAUAUUAUAAAUUAGAAACUACACCUGAUGAUUCAUUUAAAAUUCUUAUUGUAGAUGACACUCCAUUUAAUAUUAUUGCCUUAAGUGCAAUGUUGAAUUAAGUUAUGAAUAAUUGUAAAUUGUUUAAAGCCUUCAAUGGAAAAUAAGCCUUCGAAUUAUAUUCCAAAGAGUAAAUGAAUAUAAUCUUUAUGGAUGUUAAUAUGCCAGAAAUGGAUGGUUAUCAAUGUACAUUAGAGAUAAGAAAGUUUGAGUAAAUCUAAUAGCUAUCUUAAUCAUUAAUCGUAAUUGUAACAGCCUUUUCAGGAUCUGAUGAUAAACUUAGAUCUUAAAAAUGUGGAGCAGAUGAUCAUCUAGAUAAACCAUUAAAUAUGGAUGAUCUUAAAAAAGUUAUGAAGAAAUUUGGAGUUUUAUGA